AGAAGAAGAAGAAGAAAAAAAAUCAAGAAGAAACUCCACACUCUUUGAUCUUCUAACCGUCAUCAGAUCCCACCAAUAACAAUGUCUGGAACACCAAUCACAUUCAAAGAUGCUCUUAAUGAGCUGGACGAUAGGCGAAUCAAAAGUAUUCGUCCUUUGAUUCCUCCACAAAUCUUAGUAGAAGAUUAUCCACUUUCCAUGCAAGCUGCCAAUACGGUCGUAACAGGAAGAAAGGAAGCCGAACAAAUCGUAAAAGGUGAAGAUGAUCGUCUUUUGGUAAUCGUUGGUCCUUGUUCGGUUCAUGAUGUAAAAGCAGGUCUGGAAUAUGCAGCAAAGCUGAAAAAAUACGCUGAUCAAGCAAAAGAAGAUCUUUGCAUUAUCAUGCGUGUCUAUUUCGAAAAACCAAGAACUACAGUUGGUUGGAAAGGAUUGAUUAAUGAUCCAAACUUGAAUGGAUCUUUCCAAAUCAACAAGGGAUUACGUCUUGCUCGUGGACUCUUACUUGAAAUCGCAGAGAUGGGCUUGCCUGCCGGUACGGAAUUUCUAGAUACCAUCAGUCCUCAAUACACUGCCGAUCUGAUCAGUUGGGGUGCAAUUGGUGCUCGUACGACAGAAUCUCAAGUGCAUCGUGAAUUGUCGUCCGGUUUGAGUAUGAGUAUCGGUUUCAAGAACGGAACAGACGGUUCAAUAAGUAUCGCAGUUGAUGCUAUCAAGAGUGCAAGUAGCAGUCACGUCUUCCUUUCGGUUACAAAACAUGGCAUUUCAGCAAUCGUUGAGACGGGUGGUAAUGAUGCUUGUCAUGUGAUCUUACGUGGAGCAAACAAAGGACCUAACUAUUCACCAGAAGAUGUUGCUAAAGUCUCGGCAGAUUUGUCUAAAGCCGGUUUGAAACCUAGGAUCAUGAUCGAUUGCAGUCAUGGAAACAGUGAAAAGAAGCACGAGAAUCAAAUCAAAGUAGUGAACAGCAUCAAAGAACAACUCAGCUCCGAUGCACCUGAAGGUCAAAAUAUUUUGGGAUGCAUGUUAGAAAGCAACCACUUGGAUGGCAAACAAUCCAUUCCCGCUUCUGGACCGCAAGAUCUUGUCUGGGGAAGAAGUGUGACAGAUGCUUGCAUUUCUUGGGAGACCACAGUGACCGCUUUGGAUACAUUGCGUGAAGGUGUCCGAGCAAGAAGGGCAAAAGUCGCAAACGCCACAAAGCUUAACGGUACUGCAAAUGUUGCUAUCGGCGGUUCAGAGGGCGGAAUUAACGAUGGUGUCCUUCCUCGUAAGGAUCAAGAAUCGGUUGGCUUCAAUGAUGACAUUCUCUCUCGUCUUGGUAGACGUGGUGCUGGAAAUCUAAGUUAAGCGCAAGUCUUUGCUUCAAAAACACUAUGCUGAUCACAGCAACUUUCAUACAUUCUCUUAUACAUGAUAUUCAUUAGGACAGAUUACAUGCGUGCCUUUAAGUUUUUGAUAGUUCGUAGCAAAAGUCGAUGAAGUUGACC